AAUGCCGAGUGAGGGGAGAGAAAAAUCAGAAAAACAUACAGACUAGACAGACCAAGACAAAUUUGUACUGUACUUCUUCAGGUUUUUCCAUUAUGCAAUUGAAACCCAUCAGCACCCUAACAAUAACGUUCAUGUUCGGCUUUACCCUGAUCAUCGUCUUCCUCACAGGCUUUCUUGAAUUCCCAUCCGCCAAAUUCUCAUUCCCAUCAUCAUCGUCCAAAGACUCGAUUACCUCAACUCCAGAACCCUUCAAGGACCUGUUCGAAGCUUUCGAGAAGUGGGAUUCGCAGGUGGGUUGUCCCAAAUUCAGGCAGAAACACGCGGAUUCGCCGGCCAACAGGUCAAAGAUCGCGUCUUUACAGAAUGCCGGCGGUGAGAUCGAGUGCGGCGAGCUGCGGAUGAACCAUGCGAGUGUUUUGGUCAAAGGGUGGACUUGGAUUCCUGAUAAUAUGGAUAAUCUGUACAGCUGUAGAUGUGGGCUGAGCUGCUUGUGGACUAAAUCUCAUGUUCUUGCUGAUAAGCCUGAUGCCUUGUUGUUUGAAACUACCUCUCCCCCCUUUCAGAGACGAGUGGGUGAACCGCUUCGCAUAUACAUGGAUCUUGAAGCUGGUAGAAAGAGGUCAGGCUUUGAGGACAUUUUUAUCAGCUAUCAUGCAGAAGACGAUGUUCAGUCUACUUACGCCGGGGCCCUCUUUCACAACAACCGCAAUUACCAAUUAUCUCCCAUUAAAAACGAUAAAACUCUCGUUUAUUGGUCCUCAUCACGUUGUCUUCCCGAAAGAAACAAGCUAGCCAAGAAGCUGCUCGGAAAACUCCCGACCCACUCGUUCGGCAAGUGUCUGAACAAUGUGGGGGGGCUCGACCGAGCCAUUUCCCUCUACCCCGAGUGCAAAAAUGACCUGAACGAGUCACCUAAGUGGUGGGACCACCUGCACUGCGCCAUGUCACACUACAAAUUCGUGCUCGCCAUAGAAAACACCAUGACAGAGAGCUACGUGACAGAGAAGCUCUUCUACGGGCUCGACUCUGGGGCAGUCCCCAUAUAUUUCGGGGCCCCAAACGUGAGGGAUUUCGUGCCGCCUCACUCGAUCAUAGACGGGACUAAGUUUGGGUCGUUGGAUGAGCUGGCGUCUUAUGUUAAGUCGCUGGCGAACGAUCCUGUGGCUUAUGCUGAGUAUCACGCGUGGAGGAGGUGUGGGGUUUUGGGGAGCUAUCGGGAGGCGAGGGCCGCCAGCCUGGACACGUUGGCUUGCAGGGUUUGUGAAGCCGUGAGCAAGAAAAAUGGGAGGAGUGCGAAAGCUUCGUGAAAAUGAGAAAAAAAAAAUGAUCUUGGGAAAAUUGUUUAGUAUAUACAUAUAGAGGCCAACGAGAAGCAAUGAGAAUGAGAUUGGAGAAGGAUUUGAGCAAUUGGGGAUUGGGAAAAUUAGUGGUGCAGAAAUUCUUUGUGCUUUCCUAACUGAACGAUGUCUGAAAAUUUUGUUGUCUGGAGUUUGACUGAGAGAAUGUAGGUGGGAUGUUAUUAUGUUGAUGCACAUUGGGAAAGAAAAGAAGGAAAAUAAUCU